AACCCUUAAAAUAUUGAAAUUAUAAAGAUUUUCGCAAACAAUUCACAAAUGGACAAAAAUGCCAAAAGCUUAACCAAGCCAAGAUUCUUCAAAACACACAGCAGAAACAACCCCAAAAGCAUCCCUCAUCUUACCUUCUCCAUUAACCAAACCUUUAUCUCAAACAAUUUCCAUCCACAAACACCACAAACACCAUCCAGAGCCUUCCGCCCAACAGUAUCUUCAAUUUCUCCAAAGAAAUUCUUCUCAAGCAAAAACCGAAGAUCACUAAGCAGAGAAGGAAGAAGAUCCUCUCUCUUCCUUAAUCUCAAACUCAGGGCCGCCUCUAUGAGUAUGAGUAGAAGGAGAGUGAGUCAGACUUCGAAGCCAAUGAAGAAGAGAAAGAAAUCUAGAUCAAAUGAAAGGCCUUUUCAUUAUCUAACUUACAACCAGAAAAUGAGUACUACAAGCUCAAUCCUAACUCCUAACCAAAAGAAAAUCUCCAAAAAGCCAUCACUCAUUUCACUUUCCUUAAAAAAAUUCCUCCAAAACAAAACCCCCACUCUCUACAACCCCAAGGAAGAGUCCAAAACUAUCAAAACCACUACCAACCCCAAAAAUCCCCACUCCAACACCCUAACCACCAUCCCCCCAAAUCCCCCCUCCCAACCCCCCAGAAUCCCCCUCCCCUCCUUCCGCCCUCCCUCCCCAAAAUCCACUUCUACAGCCCUCGCCCAAAUAAAAUUCCUCCAGUCCCAGAACAAAUCCCUGACUGCCGAAGUCAAGUCUUACAAAGAAAGUGAGGAAAAGCUUAAGGCUGAAAUCCAGGAAUUAGAGCAGAAGGUGGAAUGACUUCAGCUGAAAUAUGUAGAGGAGAGCAAAGAUGAGGAGGUGGGGAGAGAUGUGGGGGAAGAGGAGGAAGAUCAGGAGGUGAAUUAUGAGGUUAUUGUUGAUAAUGUCGAUGAUGCAGAGCAAGAAGAGGCGAGAGAGCCCUCAUAUAUCGAAAUGAUUUCUCAAUCAAAUGACCCAACCAUUAUCGUUGAAGACACUUCAGUCUCCUGCGAAGAAGCAGUUGGGUCCAAGAAUAUUAAAAAGACUGUCAAACUCAACAAACAACAGAAGGCUUUGAUACAACAAAGUUAUAAAGACUGAAGUUCUUCAAGCAAUUAGAUUCCUCGAAGUUAGAGAUAAAUUUAAUAAUGAAUACCCAGAUUUGCAGAUUACUCAGGGUCAAGCCAGAGCAAUCUUGAAAAGCAUGAAUAAACUCCGUCCAGAAGAUGAUAAAUAAAAUUUUGAGAAAAUCAGUACCAGCUAUUGCAAAAUUUAGAAAUGCAGCCAGAGCAGCAGGGUGGCUGCUCCGCUUGCCUGGGCAGAGCUUGGUCUUGCAGCCUUCGGAGAUAGGAGAUUUGUCAGUGAUUGAUGAAACGGAAAUGGGGCACAGUGAGGGUGGACAAGGGGGACAGCAAAUUGGUUCGAGAGAGCAAGCUAAAAGGAUGGUAGAAUUGAACAAGUGCGAGACCUUUAUUGAUAGUAAAGGAAAUAUAACUAACAAAAUAAUCUGCAGAACCAAUUACCAAAAGAGAAACACCACUAAUGAAAUCUCUCUGUCUCGAUCCAGCCCCUUCAAUCCUGACCCUGCUCAAGCCCAGUACGCCAAUCUUCAAGAGAGAUUGUCAAAAGAAGCAGAGGAUAAGGACUGCCACCAAAACAUGUUUACUUAAGUGAAGAAAUUUAAAGGAC